CAAUACGACGCCGCUGGCCCACUACUGACCCCGUCGUCAUCCGAAGCCGCCGCGAACGAAGCAUCUUGAGGCGCGCACCUGCUGCCUCGUCCCUGACCUUCCCAUGGCGCCGCCGUUCGCCGUCGCCGCAGUUUCCUCCUCAUCCCCUCUCUUCUCCUCCUCCUCAUCCCGCCCCAUCCUCCGCGGCCACCCGCCGCUGGGUUAUAUCUCCGUGCGGCCACGGCACCGCUCGGCUGUGGCCUCCGCCGCGGCGACCGAGUCCGCUGGAAAGCUCCUUCUCGAGGUACACGGGCUUACCGCCUCCGUCAAGGAGACUGGGCAGCAGAUCCUAAAAGGCGUCGACCUCACCAUCCGCGAGGGCGAGGUUCAUGCGAUCAUGGGGAAGAACGGCUCCGGCAAGAGCACCCUCACAAAGGUUCUUGUUGGCCAUCCACACUACGAGGUAACUGGUGGUACCAUUCUCUUCAAGGGUGAGAACUUAAUUGACAUGGAGCCAGAGGAAAGAUCUCUUGCAGGCCUCUUUAUGAGCUUCCAAGCGCCUAUUGAAAUUCCUGGAGUGAGCAAUUAUGAUUUUCUGCUCAUGGCAAUAAAUGCUCGCAGAGAGAAGGACGGUCUCCCAGCUUUGGGACCUCUUGAGUUCUAUUCUGUUGUAUCACAAAAAGUCGAGGCCUUAAAGAUGGAGCCAAAGAUCCUUGAUCGUAAUGUAAACGAAGGAUUUAGUGGUGGAGAAAGAAAGCGCAAUGAGAUACUGCAACUUUCUGUCCUUGGGGCUGAUUUAGCCCUCCUCGAUGAAAUCGAUUCUGGAUUAGAUGUUGAUGCACUUGAAGAUGUAGCUCAUGCAGUGAAUGGGCUCUUGACUCCCCAAAACUCCGUUCUGAUGAUUACACAUUACCAACGUCUUUUGGAUCUUAUUAAGCCAAGCUAUGUUCACAUCAUGGAAAGUGGCAAGAUAGUGAAGACAGGUGACAGCUCUCUAGCCAGCCACAUCAACGAGGGUGGCUACAAAUCAAUCGCUUCUUUUGUAUAGCAUGAAUAAGGUCAAAUGCUUGAAUUCCCAGCCACUAGUCUAUUUGUCUGAACAAACUGGUGACUAGUUGGGUUCUAUAUAUUCUUAUGCCCGGUGAAACUGGCAUGGAGCCUGGAAGUAAAACAUGCUAACUUAUGUGAAAUUGUAGAGCUAGUGCCCAUUUGGCCAGGCAUAUCCUUGUGGAGGUGGAGCACUGGAGUUGUGAAUUGCCCUCGGCCAUAUUUCUCUUUCUCGUCCUGUAAGAUUUGUUGGAUCCCAAUAUUAAUACAUUUAUACAUGUAGUUAUAUGCGGGGCAGCAUCUUGCAUGCGCAUACGACCGACAAAGUUGUAUCCGAAUUUUCUCUACAAUUGGAGACAGUUUUGAAUAUCACUUAAUGCUUCUCUGGUA